ACGCAGUGGGAGCAGCAGCGUGGUGGAGAGAGAACGUGGAGGCUCUGUGUGCAGAGACAAACUUCAACUUUAACAAAAUAACCGAGCUGCUGCGAAAAUGCUCGUGUUAUUUGAGACCGCCGCUGGCUAUGCGAUAUUCAAGGUCCUUGAUGAAUCUAAGCUGCAGCAGGUCGACAGUCUGCAUAAGGAGUUUGAAACGCCUGAAAAAGCAAACAAAAUUGUGAAGCUGAAACACUUUGAAAAGUUUCAGGACACAACAGAGGCCCUAGCAGCUGCCACUGCCCUCGUUGAGGGAAAAAUUAGCAAGAAUUUGAAAAAAGUGCUGAAGAAAGUUGUCGCCAAGGAGGCGCACGAGCAGCUGGCAAUCAGCGAUGCAAAACUUGGUGGCGUUAUAAAAGACAAACUGGACCUGAGCUGUGUCUACAGCCCUGCUGUUGCUGAGCUUAUGAGAUGCAUCAGGAGUCAGAUAGAAGGUCUCAUCACUGGACUUCCUCCCAGGGAGAUCAGUGCCAUGUCUCUUGGCUUGGCCCAUAGUUUGUCACGCUACAAGCUGAAGUUCAGUCCAGACAAAGUGGACACUAUGAUUGUGCAGGCCAUUUCUCUUCUGGAUGACCUGGAUAAGGAGCUUAACAACUAUAUAAUGCGCUGCAGAGAGUGGUACGGUUGGCACUUCCCCGAGCUGGGAAAAAUCGUCACAGACAACUUGGCUUACUGCAAAGCAGUCCGCCAUAUCGGUGAUCGCACAAACGUGGCAGGCUCUGACCUGUCCGAGCAUCUGCCUGAGGAAAUCGAGGCAGAGGUAAAACUAGCUGCUGAGAUCUCCAUGGGAACUGAAGUGUCGGAAGAGGAUAUUGGCAACAUUCGGCAUCUGUGUGAUCAAGUGAUUGAGAUUUCAGAAUACCGCACUCAGCUCUACGAUUACCUGAAGAACCGAAUGAUGGCGAUUGCCCCCAACCUCACAAUAAUGGUGGGCGAGCUGGUCGGCGCCCGCCUCAUCUCACACGCUGGUUCCCUCUUGAAUCUGGCAAAGCAUCCGGCCUCCACGGUGCAGAUCCUUGGAGCAGAGAAAGCUCUGUUCAGAGCUCUGAAGACCCGCAAGGACACGCCCAAAUACGGUCUCAUAUACCACGCUUCUCUGGUGGGCCAGACCAGCGCCAAGAACAAGGGCAAGAUCUCCAGAAUGUUGGCAGCUAAAGCCGCCCUCGCCAUCCGCUACGAUGCUCUGGGUGAGGACACAAACGCAGAAAUGGGAGCAGAGAACCGUGCGAAACUGGAGGCCAGACUGCGGCAGCUGGAGGAGAAGGGAAUCCGAAGAAUCAGCGGAACGGGCAAAGCUAUGGCAAAGGCAGACAAAUACCAGCACAAGAGUGAAGUAAAAAUAUAUGAUCCAUCUGGGGAUUCUACUAUUCCCUCCACCUCAAAGAAGAGGAAGUUUGAGGAGGUAGAGGAGGAAGAUGAGGAAGAGACAGUUGAAACGCCCGUUGUCAAAUCCAAAAAGGCCAAAAAGGAACCAGUAGCAGAAGAGGAAGAAGCAGAAGCAGAGGAGACUCCCAAGAAAAAGAAGAAGAAAAAGGACAAAAAAGCAGAGGCUGAAACAGAGGAAGCAAUGGCUGAAGAGGAGCCACCAGUAACAGAGUCAUCGAAAAAGAAGAAGAAGAAAAAGAAGAUUAAGGCAGAGGAGGAAGAUGACUAAAGAUGAAUGAACAUGGUUGAAUGUGUAUAUAUUUUCUUUUUAGUGUUUGUCAUUUUAGUUUGUUUUACAUUUAUAUCAACACUGAUAAGUUUCUUGAAUGAGAAGACAACUAAAACAAAUGUGACUUUUUUUAACUGGUCAGAAAUCCCACCACGUGUUCAAUCAUGAAAUGUCCUAGGUUGGUUGUUUUAUUUUGGCCUUUAUUAUUCAACACAUCUGUAUCAGACAUGUAUUAGAUUCAGCUUGCAGCAGUUGGUUGAUGACAUUUCUAAGUUCCAUCACAAAUUUUUGAACGAACUUAAGACUGGACAUCUGCUCUGAUUGAAUAAACACUUGGCUGUAUAAUUGA